GUCCUGUGAGCGCUCAGUCGGUACCACAGCCACACACAAGUGCUGCUCGGUGGAGGUAUUCAUGCUUCUCUCCAUAUAUUCUCUCACAACUGCGGUAUUGAAGCCCGGAUUUUGUCGCUGCAAAAGACUCACGGACUGAAGCCAAGAACUGAAAUCCAGCUGUCACUCUUCAGCAUCACUCUUCCUUUCAUCUCUACCCAAGUCUUGGAUCUUGUCACUUCUUUCCGUCUCUCGCUCUCUGUUUCUCUCUCCACUCACCCCCCCACCCCCCUCCUGACCCUCAGCCUCCCUGAUGCCUAAGAACAGCAAGGUGACACAGCGUGAGCAGAGCCAUGAGCACGUCACAGAGUCGGUGGCUGACCUGCUCGGACACGAGGAGCCGAUCGACUACAAGAGCAGCUCCUUGAAUGUCGGAGCGGCCGCGGGGAAGAAAGUCCCUCAGAUAGAGGUGCCUGAAAACGAUGGACGACCUGCCUGGAACAGCAAACUGCAGUACAUCCUGGCCCAGGUGGGCUUCUCUGUGGGCCUGGGGAACGUGUGGCGCUUCCCUUACCUGUGCCAAAAGAAUGGAGGAGGUGCCUAUCUGGUUCCCUACUUCAUCCUCCUCCUUAUUAUUGGCAUCCCUCUCUUCUUCUUGGAGCUGGCAGUAGGUCAGAAGAUCAGACGUGGGAGUAUCGGGGUCUGGAACUAUGUCUGUCCCCGUCUGGGUGGAAUAGGGGUGUCAAGUCUGAUGGUGUGCGGCUUUGUGGGUCUCUACUAUAAUGUGAUCAUCGGUUGGAGCAUUUUCUACUUCUUCCAGUCCUUCCAAUAUCCUCUCCCAUGGAGCGACUGCCCAAUCAGAAAGAAUGGGACACUUGCCAUUGUGGAGCCAGAAUGUGACAAAAGCUCGGCUACGACGUAUUUCUGGUACCGGCAGACUCUGAACACAACUAGCACCAUCGCAGAGAGCGGCGGCCUCAACAUCAAAAUGACCCUGUCUCUGCUGGUAGCCUGGAUCAUUGUCUGCCUCGCCGUCAUUAAAGGAAUCGCUUCUUCUGGGAAGGUGAUGUACUUCAGUUCUCUUUUCCCCUACGUGGUGCUGUUCUGCUUCCUGGUCAGGGGUUUAAUGCUGAAGGGCUCCGUAGAUGGUAUCGCUCACAUGUUUACUCCCAAGUUGGAAAAGAUGUUGGAGCCACAGGUGUGGAGGGAGGCAGCCACUCAGGUCUUCUUUGCUCUUGGUCUGGGUUUUGGAGGAGUCAUAGCCUUCUCCAGUUACAAUAAGAUUGACAACAACUGCCAUUUUGACGCCGUACUCGUCUCUUUCAUCAAUUUUUUGACCUCCAUUUUGGCCACACUGGUGGUAUUCGCUGUGUUGGGCUUCAAGGCCAACAUCAUGAAUGAAAAGUGUGUUGUAGAGAAUGCAGAAAAGAUCCUGGGAUACCUCAACUCUAACGUCCUGAGUCAUGAUCUUAUUCCUCCACAUGUGAACUGUUCCCAUCUCACCACGUCAGACUACGCUGAGUUGUACGGGGUCAUUAAGACGGUCAAAGAGGACACCUUUCCCCAGCUAGGUCUGGAGCCUUGUGUAUUGGAGGAUGAGCUAAACAAAGCUGUCCAGGGCACUGGCCUGGCCUUCAUCGCCUUCACAGAAGCUAUGACACAUUUCCCAGCAUCUCCUUUCUGGUCAGUCAUGUUCUUCUUCAUGCUUAUCAACCUCGGUCUGGGCAGCAUGAUAGGCACCAUGACUGGCAUCACCACGCCUGUCCUCGACGCAUACAAAGUCCAGAAGGAGCUUUUUACAGUGUGUUGCUGCAUCGUGGCUUUCUUAUGUGGCUUGUUGUUUGUUCAGCGUUCAGGAAAUUACUUUGUCACCAUGUUCGAUGAUUAUUCGGCUGGUCUGCCUCUCACUAUAGUGGUCAUCCUGGAAAAUCUGUCUGUUGCUUGGAUAUACGGCACUAAAAGGUUCAUGCAGGACCUGGAGGACAUGCUAGGUUUCCGACCUUGUAUUAUCUAUUUCUACCUUUGGAAGUACGUCUCCCCCUUCUGUCUGAUCAUUCUCAUCUCAGCCACUGUCAUCGAGAUGGCCAUCAGCCCACCAGGAUACAAUGCAUGGGUUCAAGAGCUGGCUCAGGAACGCUUCCAGAGCUACCCUCCCUGGGCUUUGGGUAUGUGCUUUGCUCUUAUCAUAGUGGCCAUGCUUCCUCUCCCUGUUGUUUUCAUCGCCCGACACUUCAACUUGAUGUCAGAUGGCUCCAACAAGCUGUCUGUCUCUUACCGAAAAACUAUGAUGAAGGACAUAUCCAACCUUGAGGAGCAGGAUGAGGCUAGAUUCAUCCUUGGAAGCAAACCAGGCGAGGCGCCAUCAUCAGGGCCGGCACGCAGACCCUUCUUGACUCCUGGAGGAAACAAACCCAUGGACUCCCUGUCUCCAAACAUCUGCUAUGGGACAAGCUACCAAAAUGCUGCAAUAAGCCCCACCACACCAACUACACCAACCACACCAACCACACCUGUCACACCAGAGUCUGACUCUUGACUGUUGCCCAACCUCGACAACCACCCCUCUGAUAGUCACCCCUGUAGCACAACUUUACCCAUAAAGUCUCCACUGGGGCUCACAGCAGCUCCAGGAAUCCCCAGCACUGCCCUGUUAAUGCCACAAAACUGUACGUAACCACCCAGUUUAUGAGCACACGCUUCCAAAAUAACACAACGGAACUUCAUGAGAAGAUUUCUAUAAUUUUUUCAAGCAUCUGAAGGUUAAAAACCAGGAGAAAAGGGACACAUUUCACAUCUUUACAAUAAAUGAAACUCUGGAAUCAGGUUGAGCUUAAUAGUGACACACUGUAUAUCUGUAUAUAUUUAAAAUCAUCAGGUUUAUGUGUUCAGAAUGAAGUUCUGUUUUCUGAUUUUCUUUGCCUUAGUUUAAGGAUCCCCAGCAGACACAGCCGCUAGAGUAUAUUGAAAACGUCUGCACGGUGCCGGCACUGUGAAAGAAUGAAUGGAGCGGAGUUUAGGAGGUCUUGCUGGUUGAACAAGCUGAGAGUGAAAACAGGCUUUCACUGGAAACAGAGAACUGAGAUGAAUGUGAGUCAGAUUAUUUAAACCUGUUAGUGUUUGCUUACCUUUCCUAUGUAGCAAUAAUGUGUGUCAAAGCCAUGUACUACUUAAUACAUACCAAGUUUCUUUUUUUCUAUUAGAUGUUAUGCAGUCUACAAGGUGCAAUCAGAAAGUUCCAAAAGCAUUCCUGGUUAAAAUUUGGACACGUUCUCCUUCAAGGUCUUGUGCAUACUCACAACUGUGGAAGUUCUGUUUUGAUGAAGGGCACAUCUGCAAUUUCACUUCACAGAGCUCAAACACCAACAUUUGUGUCAACUUUGUGUUGAACUCCUCUGUAAUGUCCUGUGGUGUCUGCCAUCGUGUGCUGGCAUGCAGUGAAUUAAAAAAAAAAAAAAUUGGCCACACCAUCAUAAUCUUCACCCACCACCUAUUCUAUUUGGCCUCUUUUUGUUUUAAAAAAAUGACCUUUAAGGGGAGUUAUACCAAAUUAAGAUCAGGUAAGGUUUUUGUGCACAGACAUGCACCUCUGUUCUGAUACCACGAGGUUUGUUUUCAUAGGACUCUGUGCUUUGUAAAUUAUGCUAAAGGCGGCUGUAAAGACCCAUUUAUGUUCCAUUCAGACCCCAAAUCCACCUCCUGUUGUAUUUUGUCUGUAGAGCGUAUUGUUGUUGCUCAUUCUGUAAAACCAUAAUGUACAGUAUACAGUUAUAGUAACGUAACAUACCAUUAGGACUCAGGUUUUAUUAACCUGGAGAUCAAACCACUGUUUCAUUAUCCGUCACAUGCACAUCUUCUUCUUUGUGCUGUAGAAACACACUCAUUUCAGUUUCUUCACCAAAGAGUUAAAAGUAAACAGCAAAACACUUGAACUCUAUCACAGAAUAAGACUUGAUAUAGUGAACUGCAGUGAAAGUGAACUACCACCCAAAACACAAGGCAGUCCUAUGACAGGAAGCACACUUUUUUUUUUUAUGUGGAUCUGAAACAAAUGUCCAGUUUGCAGUUUUUACUUUCCUCCUCCAAAAAUGACAAUGCUACAAAAGCACAAAGGAGAUUUCAUGCAGUUAUUGAGCACAAGCAGAUUAUUGACUGUAACUGUCCCAACUAUUGAUGCACAUGUAUUGUGAGACAUGCAGUAAGUAGGCAAUAUAUAGUUAUAUUGGAGCACAAACUCUAUUAACAUUGAACCAAAAAAAAAAAAAAAAAAAAAAGAAAGAAAGAAAAAUGAUGAAAAAUGACGUAAAAUAGCGAAAUCUGCUACAGACCAAAAAAAUUAAGGAGCAAAAAUCCAAACUGCGUAGAGUCAUCAGCCAACUCAACAGUGUGCACUUUUGAAAGCCUUAGACUCCUCAUGCACAGUCAUAAAUAUACAUGCUCACACAUGCACACUGAUUUCUGUGUUAUUGAAGCAGACAGUCACAUUAACCCUGUCGUGGCGCACCAGGGUUCUUUACAGUGAUGGUCACUGGCUUGAAUUUAAACUGAGCACAUUUAAUUCCUAAUUAAAGGAGUCGUUAAUUUAUUUUUUCUAUCACAAUAUUUAAAGCCAUGGUGUUUAGGUAUAAAUGGACUAUGUUUAUAUUCUUGCAUAUUUGCAGUAACGUAGACGUGAUGAAUUACAAAGAUUAAUCUUUUACAAGUUUUUAGUAUGUACACUGUAUAUUUUCAUCUUGCGUGAAUCUGUAUCUGUUUUGUAGUUUGUGUAGCUCCGUACUGAGGGACAUGAAAAUGCUGCUGGAUCGUGGAGCUAAUGUGCAGUCUUGUUACGGGACACUUCCACUCGUGUGUAUUCACUUGAGGUUUGUUUACUGGUCUACUUGUUUUUAGCCAUGCUAUCAGUUUACUGCAAAAUGCUGUCUAAAUUUCCUCUCGGCCAACACUCUGGUUUAUGAAACGAUGCCUCUAAAAUAUAUUUAGCCUUCAGUAGAUGAUGCGGCAUGCUAACAUGCUGAGCAGGUUUCUUGCCAGAUGUAUGUAAAACAUGCCACGACAUGUUGGUAUUGCUACAUCUAUCACAGAGUCCUCCCAAACAUCUCCACUGACAUCUUUAAAUUAACCUUGAGGUCAAACUUCACUACUUUACUAAGUCCAUUCAGUUUCUGCUGUGUAAUGAGAGGUAGAGUCUCAUAGGACCACUGGUGUGGCUGCAGAUUUUUUUUUUUUUCGUGUUUAAUGUUUGAGCCAUUUUCUUGCUGGUGUUAUCACGUAGACAUCUCUGGUGUGUCCAUGUCUGUAAAUAAUGUCGUGUACCCAAACUAUUCUGAAGAUAGUUUUUAUUAAUGUGAAGUAUAAUUAAUGUCUUAAAAGUAAGAGUUUUAGCAGUACAUAUAACAAAAGUUAAAAAUGAAUGUGAUUGAUGCACUUUUUUCACAAGACUGCAAAAAACUAGUGUUUGUUUCCAUCCUGUUUGCAGUACAUUUAAAAUUUGGUGGUAAAGCAAUAUGAUGAUACUGAAACGGCAGAAUAACUGUGGCUGAAAGCAAAUCCUGACACGAGUGUAUGUGAAAAGAAAUCCUUAGAAAUAACCCCAACACUGCUCUGUGUGUGUGUGUGUGUGUGUGUGUGUGUGUGUGUGUGUGUGUGUGUGUGUGUGUGUGUAGGGUUAGUUUGGUGUGUGCAGAGCCUAUACAGGUGACACAUUUAGAAAUGUCCCUUUACGGCUUCUCUCUCUCUCUCCUCAGUCAUAUUAUGAAUGUAUGAUAAUGAGAAUUACUGUAAAAAAUUGUGAACAUAAAUAAAAUAUUCUAAUAAAGAGUGGACAAGCUA